CUGCACGAAUGAAAGAAUUCGUCGUCUUCCUCGCUUCGCAAUCCCCUCACAAAAUUAUUUUGAAACACUUUUCAACAAAUCUUUCAUCAACUAAAGAGUCAAAAUGGCCCGAACCAAGCAAACCGCCCGCAAGUCCACCGGAGGAAAGGCUCCCCGCAAGCAGCUCGCCACCAAGGCAGCCAGAAAGUCUGCCCCCGCCACCGGAGGAGUCAAGAAGCCCCACAGAUACCGACCCGGAACCGUCGCUCUUCGUGAGAUCCGUCGUUACCAGAAGAGUACCGACCUCCUCAUCCGAAAGCUUCCCUUCCAGCGUCUGGUCCGUGAGAUCGCCCAGGAUUUCAAGAGUGAUCUUCGAUUCCAAGGAUCUGCCGUCUUGGCCCUCCAAGAAGCCGCCGAGGCCUACUUGGUCGGUCUUUUCGAAGAUACCAACUUGUGUGCCAUCCACGCUAAGCGUGUCACCAUCAUGCCUAAGGAUAUCCAGUUGGCCCGCCGUAUCCGUGGCGAACGCUCUUAAGCAUUCAGUCAAUGAACCAGUCGCAAUUGC